GACGGCGGCAGAGGUAGCGGGUCUCAAAGGCUCCUCCAGCUUCUCACUCAGCUCCGGUGACGGGUUAGGCCCAGAGGGCUUAGUCCCUCGCCAUGGACUCGCAGAAAGAAGCUCUACAAAGAAUCAUUUCAACUCUGGCAAAUAAGAAUGAUGAGAUUCAGAACUUUAUUGAUACACUAAAUCACACACUGAAAGGAGUUCAGGAAAAUUCUUCCAACAUCCUUUCAGAGUUAGAUGAAGAAUUUGAUAGCUUGUACUCUAUCUUGGAUGACGUAAAAGACAGCAUGAUUGGUGCCAUCAAGCAGGAGCAAGUGCGGAAGUCACAGGAGUUACAGAGUCAGCUUAGUCAAUGUAACAAUGCCCUGGAGAACUCUGAAGAACUACUAGAAUUUGCAACAAGGUCAUUAGAUAUUAAGGAACCUGAAGAAUUUUCAAAGGCUGCCAGACAGAUCAAGGAUAGAGUCACAAUGGCUUCUGCCUUUCGCCUUUCUUUGAAACCGAAAGUCAGUGACAACAUGACCCAUUUAAUGGUGGAUUUCACUCAGGAAAGACAGAUGCUGCAAACUUUGAAGUUUUUGCCAGUUCCCAAAGCUCCAGAGAUUGACCCAGUAGAGUGUUUGGUAGCUGACAACUCUGUAACUGUAGCUUGGAAAAUGCCUGAAGAAGAUAAUAAAAUUGACCAUUUCAUAAUGGAAUAUAGGAAAACGAACUUUGAUGGACUCCCACGUGUAAAGGAUGAGCGAUGUUGGGAAGUGAUUGAUAACAUCAAGGGUACUGAAUAUACAUUGUCAGGCUUAAAAUUUGAUUCAAAGUAUAUGAAUUUCAGAGUGAGAGCAUGCAACAAAGCUGUGGCUGGAGAAUACUCUGAUCCAGUGACCCUAGAGACCAAAGCACUUAACUUCAGUCUAGAUAACUCAUCAUCCCAUUUGAACUUGAAAGUGGAAGAUUGCUGUGUAGAGUGGGAUCCCACUGGAGGAAAAGGCCAAGAAAGUAAAAUUAAAGGAAAAGAGAAUAAGGGCAGUGUCCAUGUUACUUCACUGAAGAAACACACAAGAAGUGGCACACCAUCCCCAAAACGGACAUCUGUGGGCUCCAGGCCACCAGCAGUCAGAGGCAGCAGAGACCGUUUUACUGGGGAGUCAUACACAGUGCUGGGAGACACUGCUAUUGAAAAUGGACAACAUUAUUGGGAAGUAAAGGCCCAGAAGGAUUGUAAAUCUUAUAGCGUGGGUGUAGCAUAUAAAACUUUAGGCAAAUUUGAUCAGUUAGGAAAGACAAACACAAGUUGGUGCGUUCACGUCAACAGCUGGUUACAGAACACUUUUGCAGCCAAGCAUAAUAACAAGGUGAAAGCUUUGGAUGUUCCUGUACCUGAGAAAAUAGGUGUGUUUUGUGACUUUGAUGGGGGUCAGCUUUCAUUUUAUGAUGCACACUCAAAGCAGUUGCUGUAUUCCUUCAAGACAAAAUUUACUCAGCCAGUAGUACCUGGUUUCAUGGUUUGGUGUGGUGGACUUUCUUUGAGUACUGGAAUGCAGGUUCCAAGUGCUGUGAGAACACUUCAGAAAAGUGAAAACGGAAUGACUGGUUCAACAAGCAGCCUAAACAAUGUCACUCAGUAAUGGCAACUCAGACUGUGUUUUCCCUUCCUCUGACUGUGUGGCCUUUCCCAUACAGUUACUAACAGAUACUUCUGAGUGGUGGAAAUCAGGUUUUCUAUGUUCUGCUUUAAAGCCUGGAAUCUGUUAGAUUAACUACCAAAUAGGAAGCAGCAACAGGUUAUUGCUGUGUCCCAGAACCAAGCAGUUGGGGUGCAGGAGGCUGACAUAGUGGUAUUUGAAUAGUAAAUAGGAAAGGAGAAGUGUUGAAAUAUUUAUGUAAAAAGCCAUUUUUCUGUUUCGUAAGCUGCUCUGGCUUGUCUAGUAGGUGUGAUUCUGUCUGGUGUGUCCUGGCCCUGGGUUGCAGAGCUUUUCAAGCUUACCUCUCUUCUCCUUGUCAAGUUUCUUUCUCCUCACUGGCUGCCAUUAAGUCCUACACUGAGGCUUUCAAACUAUAAGGUCCCCUAAGGCUUCCUAGAAAUUGAAAUCUUUGCCGAGGGAUGGCAGAGAAAUUGUCCUAUGGUGGCUUAUUUUAUUCUUUCAUAAAUAAGCUGAGCUUUUGAUUGGGUAACUUAAUGUAUUGACUAUAUUCAUAUCAUUUUCUUCUCUAAAAUAUUGUGGUGUUUUCUUAUAACCCAAAAUAUCAAGCAGAUGGAGAAUUUAGGCAGUGCAAGGGAGUGUUCUUUGUGUUUGUGCUGAGUCAUACUGUCUAGUCGUCCAUGGGCUCCUGGUCUCCACUUGAGAAGCUGUGUCUCUGUGUCUGUCCUCCGUUUUAACCCCACCUUUAUAGCUGUCUUUGUAUCUUUGAUAAAACUUCCACUUGAAUUUGGCACUGAUAAUAAUUAUUGCUUAUGGAAGUUUGUAAAUUAAGUUCUAUAAAGGGUAAAAAGCUAUAUAUUGCUGGUUUUUGUCUGUGAAAGAUUAUAAAGAAAUGUGCCUGAUGUAUUCUUUUCUGGAAUAAGUUAUGUGUUCUUUUACAAAGAUAUGGAUUGGUUUAACCAGCUGUGUAAAAAAAUACAUGUGUCCUACUUAAUUGGUA